AUGUGGAAACCAGUGGUUGUCCCUUUUCAGAACUCCCAGCCUCUGCCUACUCUACCUACAACAGAUGAAAUCCGCGCUUGCACCAAUGUUCUGUGGGAAACCAUGGCCUCCAAGAUUGUGGCUGUGAAUGACGAUAUUGUUGUAAAAUAUGGAGGUUGUAUAAACACCUGGGAAGGCCAGGCUUUGGUUUACCUUGAACGACACGUCCCAGAAGUUCCGGCCCCUCGACUGUACGCGAUGUAUUAUGAUUCCAAACAACUUUUCUUAAUCAUGCAACGCGUUCCCGGGGUGCAGCUGAAUUCCAUUUGGCCAUCAUUGGCGCACUCUGAGAAGGAUGACAUUAUCACCAAACUCCAACAAAUAUUCGACGCAAUGCGAAAGGCCGAGUCUCCAUGGCCCGACUCUUUCGGAGGCCUGGACGGGGGCGGCGUACAUCACUACCUAUUCUAUAGCCAACAUGGCGAUGAGAAAUUUCUAGGGCCUUUCUCCGGCGAACCUGCCUUCAUUGUGGGCCUUGUCGGUAAUUAUAGAGCCUUGGUCGAACGCAAUAAUCUGCCAGACUACAAGGCUCGCUUUUACGAAAAAUACCUCCCUCGCGUCCUUCAAGGUCACCGGCCCACAUUGACGCAUGGGGACGUUCAGCAGAAGAACAUUAUGGUUGCGGAGAAUACAAGUCGCCCAAACGAUCAAGGUGGGCGAUCAUUUGACAUCGUACUGGUCGAUUGGGAGAAUUCCGGUUGGUUCCCUGACUUCUGGGAAUUUUUUUGUGCAUCUGACCCCCUCAAUUUCCAGUGGGAAGAAGACUGGUCCUGGCGAGUCCAGGAGUUUGUUCAAGUAUGGCCCGCCGAGAUGGCCGUAAUGCAACUGAUUGACAAGGAUCUAGGCUGGUGA